AUGAACGUAUCAGCUGCCAAGGAACUUCAGCUGUCCGGCAAGGAGUACGUGCUUGCGAUUGUGCCUGUUCCUGCUCGCAAGGCAGUUGCUGCAGCUCUGUCUGAUAACUCCAUCCAUCUGGUUUCUCUGGAUCUCUCUCACAGCACCAAGAUUGUCGACAAGAGCCAUGAACGGAUUGUGGGUAUGAAGAACUUUGACGAGAGCACAGUCAUGACAUGGGGCAACGACGGCGUGAAGCUGUGGGAUCUGCGGGAGCAGAAUUCGGAUUCCAACAAGCCGCUGCUGUGGAUGAAACAGGGCACUCUGGGGCCUAUUGUGAGCUGCGAUUUCCGCGACAACAUUGUAGUUGGAGGGUCUGAGCUGGUGGGAACCGAUGCCGGCAUCUGUUUGUGGGACGUGACCAAGCCCAAGGCUGAUGGAAUGCCCUUCAUCGAGUUUCCCGACGUGCACAAUGACGAUGUCACCGAGUUGAGGUUCCAUCCUACCAGAGAAAACAUUGUCGUGUCUGGCAGCACGGACGGGCUGGUGAAUGUUUACGACAUCAAGGAGACGGACCAGGAUGAGGUGGUCAAGCAGGUGUUCAACCACGACUCUUCUAUCCAUUUUGCUGGGUUCACUUCUGCCAACAGAGUCUAUGUUAUUUCACAUAUGGAGACCCUCAGCAUCUACGAGAUGGACUUUGAGAAGGAUGACUACGUUUCCCGAGAGCCUCUCGAGUUUGGAGAUGUGCGCCAGAAGUUUGGAUGCGAGUAUGUUGCCGACAUUGUGCCUGGAUAUGUCAUUUCCGGCAGCAACAAUGCUGAUACCUAUGCGCCUGGCCAGGUUCAACUGCUGCCGUUCCGAAACGAGACUGUCACGCACGAGAACGAGGCCGCUGGGGUCGUGACUCUCAACGAGGCCCAUGGGACUGAGGUGGUGCGAACGGUGUACCUGGAUGCUGCCAAUGAUGCCGUUUACACUGGAGGAGAAGAUGGAUACAUUCGGCUGUGGAACGUGCCCGAUCUGCAGCUUGGGUUCGGCGAUUUCAUGACCAACGAAGACACCGAGAUGGGUGGUAGUGAUGAAGGAUGGCAGGAGGUGACCCCCAAGAAGGACAAGAAGGACAAGAAGGACAUGAAGGACAAGAAGGACAAGAAGGACAAGAAGGAAGAUAAAGACAAGAAGGAGAAGCGAGAGAAGCGCGAGAAGAAGGAGAAGCGAAAGAAGGAGAAGGAAGAGGCCGACAAAAAGGAUAAGAAAAAGAAGGAAAAGAAGGACAAGAAAGACAAGAAAGACAAGAAGGAGGAACGGUUUGCUCCCUAUUAG